AGCUCCGGCUUGUGCGUCGCCGUGUUUGUUCCGGGCGGCCGUCGCUUGUGGCCACCGAGGGCGCCAUGUACGAGUUUUACCUGCGGCUGCCGGACGAAGCGCGGUCGCUGCCGCCUCCGCCGCUACUCAACAAGGGGUCGGUCUAUACGGCCUUCGUGGGCUGGUCCACCGCCUUGAUCUCCAACGCCAUCAACCACAGGCCCAUCCUGGCAGCGGGUGUCCAUCGACAGCUGUUUUAUACUUCUGUGGGGUUUUACGUCGGCCAUUACCUGAUGAGGCGAGCGUCUUACGUCUUUGCUAAAAGGGACCGAGACAUGUUCGAAUACAUCGAGCGCCAUCCUGAGGAUUUCAAGGACAAAGAAAAGAAAAAGAUGGCCGAAGUUCUGGAGAACUUCCACCCCAUUCGCUGAAGACUUGGCAGAGGGCUCCUGUAACUUGUUCAGCGUGACCUCUUUCUGAGUCGGACCCUAAACUGUGGAUUUGUAUAGAAUGUAUGUCUUUAUAGGGGCAGAGUACCAGACUGAAACAUGAAGGCCAUCACUGGGUCAAUACAGUGACAAAUAAAUGUGUGUGUGUAAA